AUGUCGUUGACCUUCAAGCUCGCCUCUCUGGUGAUCCGUACUGUUGCCAAGCCCAUAGGCAACCGAAUCAAACAGUCUGCCAGAGAACAUGACACCUUCCGUAGAUACUGCGUGGGCUUUGCUCAGGGCCUUCAUCGUGUAGACAUGCGCAUGCGACUGGGGAUUCUGCACGACGCGGCCGCCCAAGAACGCAUGCAUGCCCGAGAAGCUGCAGAGGCCGCUGCCAAAAAGAGACAGACAGAGACACCCACCGUCAGGACCGAAGCGCAACAAAAAGCGGACGAUGCUGCUGCUGCAGAUCUCAAAGAGAAGAAGGCCGAAGCCCCUGCGAAACCCAGGAUCCGUCCGCUCUCCGAGUCAAGGGCAAUCGAGCUAGGGGCUAACUUCCUCUCCGAAUCCUUCAUCUUCGCUGUGGCCGUCGGCCUGCUCGUCUGGGAUCAAUGGCGUACGAGGAGGAAGGAAAGCACUCGAAGAGAGGGUGUCGAGGACCGCUUGGACGCAUUGGAGGACCACACUCGUCAAAUCGUCGCUCUCAAGUCAGAGGUGGAUCGAUUAAAAUCGAAAUAUGAACCACUGCCGAGUCCGGCAGAAGGCAGUAACGAUAGCAUCGAGGUGGACACUUCGACCACCACAACUCCGGAUACUCAGACACCUGCUACGCCAAAAGAUGAAACAUCAAAGUCAGAAGAGUCUCCUAGAAAUGAGGAGCAAUCACAAAAUACUUCGCUGGCGCAGCAAAGUCAAUAA